AUGUCGCUUACAAACGAGUCCAUAUGGGCCGCCAGCCCCUCUACCACGAGGGGUCAGCCCACUCAGCUCUCUUCGGACGCCAAAGGCGAGCGGCUUGCCUAUGCGGCGAAUAAAUCUAUCUUCAUACGCUCGAUCGACAACCCCUCCAUCGCUAGGCAAUAUACAGAGCACAAGGCGCAGACGACGGUUGCUCGCUUCUCGCCUUCUGGAUUCUACGUCGCCAGUGGUGAUGCCACUGGUUUGGUCAGGGUCUGGGACUGCGUCGGUGAUGGCAUCACCAAGGGCGAGUAUAGUAUCAUCAAUGGCAGAAUUAACGAUCUUGCCUGGGAUGGCGAAUCUCAACGCAUUAUCGCUGUAGGUGAUGGGAAGCAACGCUACGGUCACUGCAUUACAUGGGACAGUGGCAACACGGUUGGGGAGAUCUAUGGCCAUACGCAACAGAUCAACUCUGUUUCAAUCCGACAGCAACGACCUCUGAGAGCUGCCGCUGCCGGUGACGACAAAAAUAUGGUCUUCUACCAUGGAGUGCCGUUCAAAUUCAAUAUGGGUAUUCGUGAAAAGCACACCAAUUACAUUUACGGAGUGGGUUUUAGCCCCGAUGGUUCGACCCUGGUCAGUGUUGGUGCCGACCGGAAGAUCUGGCUCUAUGAUGGCAAGACAGGAGAAACCAAGGGCCAAAUCGGGGAGGGAGAACACAAGGGUAGCAUUUUGGGGGUGUCGUGGUCCAAGGAUUCCCGGAAGUUUGUGACCGCCAGUGCCGAUAGAACCGUCAAGAUCUGGGAUGCUGAAGCGGGUAAGGUCUCUCAAACCUGGAGCAUUGGCGAGGAAGGCAGCACCGAUGUCAAGAACCACCAGGUCGGCGUGGUCUGGCCCCCGAAUAGGAGCGACAAUCUCCUAAUCAGUCUGUCACUGAGUGGUGACCUAAACUAUCUCGAGGAGGGAACCCCUCAGCCCCGACAAGUCAUUCAAGGGCACCAGAAGAACAUUACCUCUCUGACAUCGUUCGGCUCUGGCAGCGACCAUGAAACGUUAUGGACGGGCAGUUUCGAUGGUAGGGUCUGCAACUGGGAUGUUCCCACAGGCACUGCGGAGGAAGUGGGAGGGGACAGUCCGAAGGCGUACAUCGCUGGCCUGACGCCCACUCGGGAAGGAGCCGGUAGGAUUUACAGUGUCGCCUGGGAUGACACCAUUCGAUCCGUUGACGUCGGAGUUAAAACAUACACUGGAGCCUCCUCCAAACUGUCCGGGCAGCCCAAGGGUGUAGCUGCUGGAGACGCCGUGGUGUUGGUUGGAACGCCAGAUAGCGUGGAUAUUUACAAGGAUGGGCAGAAAAUUGGCGAUUUCAAGCCCAACUCUUUGCUCACUACGGUGGCUGCUCAUGGUAGCACAGCCGCUAUUGGUGGCGAGGAUUCGUCCAUUCAAAUCUGCAGCAUUGUGGGCUCUAGGCUAUCCCCGAAGCUUGACAUUAAAACCUCUCGGAACCCGAUAUCUACCUUAGCUUUCUCACCUGACGGUUUCUUCUUGGCUGCUGGGGAUUCUCGGGGCCGUGUGCUCGUUUACAAAGUUGCAGACGGCAGUCUGGUCACCGAUCGCUGGACCGCCCACACAGCCCGGAUUACUUCUAUCGCCUGGAAGGAAGAUAGUACUCAUGUCGUGAGCGGAUCGUUGGAUACCAAUAUCUUCGUGUGGAGCCUGGCCAAUCCAGGAGACUGGCUGCAGGUAUCCGCUGCUCACAAGGAGGGCGUUAACGGUGUAGCAUGGAUCGCCGGCGGAUCAAAGAUCGCUUCCGCCGGUGCUGACGCUUCCAUCAAGGUGUGGAAGGUGGAAGGGUUGAAAUAA